UACGGGUUUGUUUGCGUGCAAUAUAAUUUUCGCUAACACGUUCAUUUGCGUGUCUUGUGACUUCCUUUGUCCGGAAAUGUCACAUCCGCAUUGAAAUUCAUGACUGAUCUCGCCGAGGCUCUCUUACAGGGCAGAACCAGCUUUAACGAUCAGUGUCACGAAUCUGUUGAGAUGUCGGUGUCGGCGGAUUCGGACGUGCCUACUCGCAAGUUGCGUAAAACCUCGUUUGUACAGAACUUGGGAGAACUACCGCCGGGCGUUGCAACGUUUGCCGACAACCGUCGGCGAAUCGACUUCGUCCUCGUGUUCACGGACGAGGCAGACGAGGGCACAAUUGAAACGCGAGAAUACUACCACACAAGUCUACGCAAAGCCGGUUUACACGUGGAAGAGGUUAAUCCGGAAGUUGAAGGAGAAGGAGACGACGGAACGAAUUUUGUGCUGUUGCACGCACCUUUUGAUUUUCUGUUGAAGAGGACUGAACAGAUGGCCUGGAAAAUGCCACUAAAUGAUAUCGAGGAAUACGAAUCAGCCAGUGCCACUAACAGUUGCUAUCGACAUUUUGAGACACCCUUGGAUACUCACAGGGCACGUCCUGUCUACUACACUGCUCCGUUUCGAAAGGACAGGCUUGAUGUUUAUUUGAAUCAUGAUAAGCCGGACAAGUUCUUUACGUCUGCACAACGAAGUCGACUUGUGUAUGAUAUGCUACAGAGUGCACAGUUUAGUGACAAAAAGUCGGAUAUUGGCAUCGAUCGUCUGCUGGAGUCUGAAGUGUACACAGCAGCGUAUCCUUUGCAUGAGGGCUCUCCUGAACCUGAGCCAGUUGAACCUGGCGGAGACGAACAGCCAGAGACACUGAGACAAGAGCUGAAGCAAUAUUGGGCUCGAUGGGGUGCUUUCUACAAAUUUCAGCCACUUGAUCAUAUUAGGGAAUAUUUUGGUGAACAGAUCGCAUUCUACUUUGCUUGGCUUGGCAUGUACACCGUGUGGUUGAUUCCUGCAUCAAUUUUCGGUCUCAUUGUUCUCAUCUAUGGCCUUGCAACAAUGUUCAACGAUCCAGUUGUCAACCAAACUUGUGGUGACAACAAUACCCAACUGUGUCCAUCUUGUUCAACAUGUGAUACGACGUUUCUUAAUAAAACGUGUCUGUAUGCGAGGUUGACUCGCUUGUUUGACAAUGAGCUCACAAUUCCAUUUGCCAUCUUGAUGUCGUUUUGGGCAACUUUUUUUCUGGAAUACUGGAAGAGAACUACCGCAAAACUUGCACAUCGGUGGGAUGUCAUGGGAAUUGAAGAAGAAGCUGAACGGCCAAGGCCACAGUAUUGUAUCGCCGCAAGCGAUUAUCCUCAACAGCCAAAUCCAAUCACGGGCACAGCAGAACCACACUUCCCAACUUCUAAUCGAACGCCGCGCUACUUCACCGGAUGGAGUAUAAUUUCAAUAAUGUUUAUGUUGCUUCUCAUCUUUGUCGUGGGUGUGGUCGUUUAUCGAACGAUUGUGGUCGUUCUCCUGACGAAAGCCAAACUGGGUGGAGCAGCUUCUGUUGUAACAUCAGCAACGUCCAGCAUUAUCAAUUUGAUUAUUAUUCUCAUCAUGAGCAAGGUUUAUGCAAAGCUUGCAAAUGUCCUCACUGAUUGGGAAAUGCAUCGCACUGAAAGUGACUAUGAAUUCAACCUCACGCUCAAGAUGUAUCUCUUUGAAUUCGUCAACUACUAUUCUGCUGUUAUCUACAUCGCAUUUUUCAAAGGACGAUUUUCUGGCUAUCCUUGCCAUUAUAAUCUUCUCUUUGGUUACCGCCAAGAAGAGUGUGCUGCUGGUGGUUGUUUCUACGAGUUGGCACAGCAGCUCUUGAUCAUUCUACUGGGCAAGCAGAUUUUCAGUAAUUUCAUGGAAUUUGUGACACCGAGAAUAAAGUUAUUCAUAGAAAACUGGAGAAGAAAGAGGAAAUAUGGAGAGCUCGUUGAGCACGAGACGGAUCAGUGGAGCAACGACUACCACAACUGUGAAGAGUACGGCGGUUUGUUUUCCGAAUAUCUCGAGAUGAUUAUUCAGUUUGGCUUUGUGACUGUGUUCGUGGCUGCCAUGCCUCUUGCCCCACUGUUGGCAUUGCUCAACAACAUCAUCGAGAUUCGUCUUGAUGCCAUUCAGUUUGUUGUUGAUAUGCGUCGUCCUGUUGCUAUGAAGGCAGAUGGGAUUGGAAUCUGGCAGAAUAUUUUGGAGUUUGUUGUGAAGCUGGCAGUUGUUGCAAAUGCAUUUCUGAUUGCCUUUACUUCGGAUAUGCUUCCCCAGAUCUUCUAUAUGUACCAUUACAACCAUCAUCAUGAUGGACAAUCUGGUCUUGAUGAUUACGUCGACUACACACUUGCAGAAGGAUAUCAGCCUCAUGCUUGUCCAAGCAUAAAUUCUACAGGAAAUCUAUCUGAAACGUGCCGAUAUCGAGGUUAUCGCACGUUCAGUGGCGACCACACAGAGUGGUACUAUCAAUUACUGGUGAUUCGGCUUGCAUUUGUUGUUCUAUUUGAGCACAUUGUGUUUGUUAUUGCUGGUCUGAUUGACUUGAUUAUUCCGGAUAUUCCUCGUCAACUUUACCUGAAAAUCAAACGUGAAGAGUAUCUGUCCAAGCAAGCUCUAGUUGAAGCCGAAGCUGAGGAAGACGAAAUGAGGGAUUGAGCAAGCAAGUGACACUUGACUUUCUGCUGUUAGGUUUUUAGGGAGCAUUGGUGUGUUGGUGUUUUGUGCGCUUGCCACUUGGGUUGUCAUUUCUUUCUUGUGAUAAUCUUUUGCUGUGGUAUGAGAUCUGAUUUUCAAGGAGAUCUAGUUAGAUGAGAUCGUGAAUUAGAUUUGCUGUAUGAAG